AGCUGGGGGAUGUCGCCAGGCUCUGACUCCUCUGAGCUUCGUGGAGUUUUGUACGCACGCAUUCGCGGAAGUCACCUGCAUUUUGUUCGAAAUGAAAGACACAACGCCAACAAAGCGCCGUGAGGCAGCAUACGCGCCCUGGAUGCCGGAGCUCUGGGCUCUCGGGGGAUCAGGGCUGGCUUUCGCCGGGAUGGUGGCUCUGCUCAGCGCCUUUGACGACCGGCCCAUUUUCGACUGGUACGGGUUGACGCUCAACACUCUGGUGUCGAUACUUUCUGCCGCGAUGAAAGCGGCUUUAACCUAUGCGAUUGCCGAAUGCCUCAGCCAGUGGAAAUGGAUCCUGUUCUCCCGCGAGGAGCGGCCGCUGAUCGACUUUGAGCGGAUAGAUUCGGCGAGUCGUGGUCCGCUUGGGGGGAUUAACGUUCUUUGGAAGACUCGAAGAUCAAUAUUCGUCCGACUCGGUGCCUUUCUGACCUUGCUCGCCAUCGCCUUUGACCCAUUCUCGCAGCAGCUGGUGCAGCUGCGGCAGGGAACCGAGUUUAUUGACUCGCUGGGCGACGCCUAUGCCCAAAGUGCGAAAACACGGGAGUACACCAAGGGCGACGUGGUGUAUGGAAACGCUACCAACUCGACUAUAAAUCCAUCAGGGCCCAAGGCAAUUGUGGCGCGGACGAUGAUAGAUCCGUCGAUGCAGGGGUCCAUCCUGAAUGGCUUCUCUCGCUCGCUGGCCGAAAUCCGUCAGCAGGCUAAUGUCACAUGCCCAACAAGCCGGUGCACCUGGCCACCCUGCAAGACCCUUGGUGUCUGCCACACAUGCCACAAUCUCACUUCAGAUCUAAAGAGAGUGGACAACUUUGGAGAUGUCGCGGGGCCUCUGCUUUUGUCAUCCGGCACAAUGGCGGCGAACGAUAGCUCGGCCUUCGUCUUGCCCAACGGUCACUUUAUGGCGGGUAUCAAUGGGCAGUUUGCCAGUAUCGCCGGGAUCAUAGCAGGAACCUACCAGAACUCAGGCAACGCGUGGAUCGUGGAUAGUCCCACGAUGACCGCGUUUGGAAGCGGGAACCCGCAAAAGACCAACCGGAUGCAGGACGUGGACACCUUGAUCUGGUCGACCAGCAUGAUCUACAUAGAUACAGUUCAACUUGGACGUUCUCGCAUGUGGCCUGAUGUCCCUGUUCACGCCAGCGAAUGUGCAGUGUACUACUGCGUUCAGAUCAUCAACGCGACAGUUGAGGGAAACACCAUCUACGAAAACACCACAGAGGACACUGAUGCAAAGCGAGAUCCAAAUUCCUGGCAGCCAAAGGAUUCACCCCUGGACGAAGAGUACGCUCCUGAAAACAUCCCGCCAGAUGACCAAAUGUCAAGCCUGGAGUGGGACGAACGAUACUCUGCGAUCCGACGAGAUGAUCUGACCUUGUUCUACCCGCAGAACUCCAGUGGUCCCAUUUAUACCUUAUCCGAAACCGGCGUCAAGCCCAUCAGCGCCUACUUCCCGACCCUUCUAACAGCAAAUAUGACAGGAUCAACCAAUGUAACUCGUGCUAUUAUGGAGCGGCUGGGCGAGCAUGCCGUCGGCUACAAUGGCGCUUGGGUAGGCUACAAGGCGUACCCGCAAGCGUUGGGGCACAUCUUCGAGACAAAUCAAGAUGUCGACCUUCCGACCAAGUUUGCGGCCCUCGGGGCGAGCAUUACCAACGACAUGCGCAGAAACGGAGAUGGCGUCUCCAGGUUCGACCCGCUGAAUGGCCAUAUAGGCCUGGGCAGCUACAAUCAACCCGAAUACGGAUUAGUCGGUGUCGCAACGACGUAUUAUAGCAUCGAAUGGGGCUGGAUAGUGUUUCAUGCGAUCAUGCUAGCCGGUGGUCUUGUGUUCUGGCUGUUGACCGUCAGAGACUCCUCUAGGCCCGAGGCGGUGCAGAUAUCGAAGAGCAGCUCUCUCGCGGUGCUGCGUCAGGGCCGGACGACGGGGUGGGCCUUGGAAGGGUCCAAGACGAUGGAAGAGAUGAGGAUCAAGGCUAGAAACCACAAGGUCCUGCUAACAUUGGAUGAGUACCCGGAAGAUUUGAUACCAUUGCCGACCAGGCAGAGGGACGAUGCAGACGCCGCUUCAGACGACCGCCAGGAUGAUUAGUGUACAUGUUGUACAAGGGUCUUUGCAGACAAGUUAUCGAGACACUGUAGUGAAAACUGCUUCAUUCGCGGACCUGACUACCAACUACAUUUUAAUAUCCAACGUACAGCCUGAGAAGCAGGAUAGCUUUGCAUUCUUUAUUAUUUGCUAGGGCAAUGUUACACUCCAUCUACUUCGCCACCCGGGAGAUUGGCAGUUGCGCUCAUUGUCUAGAAGGUCC